AUGAUAAAAGCCAAUCUAGAAGAAGGAGUCAGAGAAACGGAAGGAAAAAGAGCUGAUAUUAUUCACCUGACAGAAGAAGACAUAGAAAGCAAAGACGAUUCUUCAAAAUCAGAUAGAAGAUCUCGUAAAAAACAUGGCUGUGGUCGUGAUAGUUCUACUUCUACUAUUAAUUCUAAUAAUCCUAAUAAAGGUCCUUCUCCUACUACCGUUCUUACUGCUCAUACUACUGGUUUUAUUAUUCUUAGCUCUAUUAAUGUGAUGAGAUCAGACACUAACAGUAUCAAAAAAGCAUCAAUCAGGAACAUCAAACAAAGACAUAAAAUCGAAGAAACUAUUAAUUGA